AUGCAGACUGGUAGAGCUAUCGAGGAGCCUACGGAGGAGGAGCCACUCCUAGGACAUGUUCAUGAUGUCUCCUCACCUAAGCAUUUUCUCUCGGGCUAUCAACGCCUUCUCCUCCUCGUGGGCAUAUCGAUUGUCGCUGCCGACUUUGGAAAUGCUCUGACCGUCGCCCCUCAAAUCGCGAUAUUCGAGUCCCUUAUCUGUUACCAGCCUGGGGGAGGCGGUGAUUGCAAAUCUCCCGAGGUGCAAGGGGAGCUGGCCCUACUGAUCGGCUGGAAGGAUACUAUUGAUCAGCUACCUGGCAUCAUUCUGGCGCUGCCGUACGGCCUCGCAGCUGAUCGCUUUGGCCGCAAGCCCAUUUUACUUCUCUGCUUGGCUGGCCUCGUGCUGGAGGAGGUCGCUAUCCGCUUGGUAUGCUGGUGGAACGCUGUUAUCCCGUUAAGGAUGAUAUGGGUAACACCCAUCUUCCAGAUCAUUGGCGGUGGUUCACAGACAGCAACAGCCAUGGCCUACGCUAUGAUAACUGAUGUAGUCCCUUUGGAGAAACGGGCAUCGAUCUUCUACAUCAUGGCCGCUGUGGUCUUACUCGGCGAAAUUCUCGCCACUCCCAUCAGUGCGUUCCUUAUGAUGUCCAGUCCAUGGGUACCGACCCUGUUAGGUGUCGUAGUCCAGCUAGGGGGGUUGCUGGCGGCUGCGUUUGUGUCCGAGACACGUCCUGAUAAAUGUCCCAAACCUGACCAGCCGACGAAUACUCAUGAGCGACAGGAAGGAUUGCAGUGGGCUGGUGGUGGCGGCGACGGUACAGGGCAAGACUGCCCCCGGUCCAUGUAUCAAUAUUGGAAACACACCGUCAGUGAAUACUGGAAACAUCUCCAGGGCGCUGGUGGGAACGGCUGGGACCUCAACAUGGCCUACAUUGUGGGUACAUUUCUGCUAGCCAGCAUAGGUAAACAGGCGCUACAGUUAAUUAUCCCAUACGCGUCAAACCGCUUCAUGUGGAGUAUUCCGCGAGCCAGCUUCCUCGUCACGUUCAAGGGUGUCAUCAACCUGAUUACUCUCCUGCUGAUCCUCCCUUGGCUGUCAGCAAAGCUGAGUCGACAGAUGUCGUGGUCUCCGGCAGUCAAGGACCUCCGGGUUGUUCAAGGGAGUUCCUCGAUCCUCACUCUUGGGGCCUUGCUCAUGGCCCUGGCCGCCCAGCCCAGUAUAUUUGUCGCCGGGGUGUGUCUCUUUGGAUUUGGGUGGGGAUUUUACUCGGCGCUACGGAGUCUAGCGACAGCACUGGUCUCACCGUCUCAGGUAGGAGUACUCAACUCCGGGAUCGGUCUGGCACAAGGUAUCGGAUCGCUAGUCGCAGGACCCAUUCUGGCGGCUGCGUUUCGGCAAGGCCUGCGACAGGAAGGGUUCGGAAAAGGUCUGCCUUACCUGGUGGCCGGAGCAUUGUUCUUCUCGGCUAGUGCUUUCACCUGUUUGAUUCGUAUCACAAGAGAGGAGAAACCCAGCCCGUGA